CACAGCAACACCUCGGCGCCCAAGGCACUCGUUCUCCAGAGGCGACACUCACUCUGGGUCAUCGGCUCCGGGUUCUUAAUACUGAGCAUGGAUACUCCUUCCAGGAAUUGUUGAAGUAGCUCCAACGCCGCUGCCUCGGCUGCCUGUGCCAUCUCGGAGAAAUGACCGGGACCGACGCAUCGCCUUUAACAGGACAGAGUUUCUCCAGUGGCCACACGACCCGGUUUGCUGACAAAGGGUCAAGUGAGAGGGAGUGAGAGGAGGGAGUGAUCUAGCCUCUGUGGAACAGAAGUGGGACAAGGCGACCGCCCGGCUCCGGAGGUUUGUUACAGGAACAUGCGGGGCACACUCUCCCAGAGCUGGGAGUGAGGACGGGGAACAGGCGCUGGCAUGCGGAGACUGGACGCGGCGAGCCUCCUGACACAGGCUGAAACAUAAGGUGGAUACAUAGGGUGCAUUGCAGGGUGAAGAAAUCAUCCGCCCUCAUCGUGAGAUUACACUCUGAGCUGCCCUGCUAUGAAGAAGCCAGUUAUGUGCCUCCGAAUGUCCUUCACCAUCCUUCACUUCCUGCUACAGGUGGCAUUCUCUGCCUCCAGCAGCUCCACCAUUAUGAAGAAGGAAAUUACCAUUGAAGGAGACGUGGUCAUUGGGGGAUUGUUCCCCGUCCACGAGAAAGGCAAUGGUUUGGAAGACUGUGGAAAGAUCAAUGAGCACCGUGGGAUCCAGCGGCUCGAGGCAAUGCUCUUUGCAUUGGAUGCGAUUAACAAGGACUCUGCCAUUUUGCCAGGGAUUAAGUUGGGUGCACAUAUCUUGGAUACCUGCUCCAAGGACACCUACGCUCUGGAACAGUCUCUGGAAUUUGUGAGGUCCUCGCUCACCAAAGUAGACGAGACAGAAUACAUCUGCCCAGAUGGGUCGUACGCCAUUCACGAUGACAUGGCCUUCGCCAUUGCAGGAGUCAUUGGUGGUUCCUACAGCGACGUAUCCAUUCAGGUGGCCAACCUACUGCGCCUGUUCCAGAUCCCCCAGAUCAGCUACGCCUCCACCAGCGCCAAGCUGAGUGACAAGACUCGCUACGACUACUUUGCCCGGACCGUACCUCCAGACUUCUACCAGGCCAAAGCAAUGUCAGACAUCCUGCGCUUCUUCAACUGGACCUAUGUCUCCACCGUGGCCUCUGAAGGCGACUACGGCGAGACUGGCAUCGAGGCCUUCGAGCAGGAGGCUCGCUCCAGGAACAUCUGCAUCGCCACCUCCGAGAAGGUCGGCCGCUCGAUGAACCAGUGGACAUAUGACGGCGUCAUCAAGGCCCUGAUGCAGAAGCCCAAUGCCAAGGUGGUGGUCCUAUUCACCAAGAGCGAGGACGCUCGGGAGUUGCUGGCCGCCGCUCACAGGCUGAAUGUAUCCUACCUGUGGGUGGCCAGUGAUGGGUGGGGAGCACUGGAAAAUGUGGUCAAAGGCAAUGAGGAGGCAGCCAAGGGAGCCAUCACCAUCGAGCUGGCAGCUUAUCCCAUCAAAGAGUUUGCAACUUACUUUGUCAACCUCAACCCUUAUAAUAACAGCAGGAAUUCCUGGUUCAGGGAGUUCUGGGAACAGAAGUUCCACUGCAGCUUAAGAACGGUGGCCUGCGGAACAAACUCAUUGAAAAAGGUGAAGUUUGAGCAGGAGUCGAAGAUCAUGUUUGUACUAAAUGCGGUGUACGCCAUGGCUCAUGGUCUACACAACAUGCAGCGGGCACUAUGCCCCAACACCACUAGCAUCUGCGAUAAGAUGAGGCCCAUGAAUGGGAAGAGAUUUUACAAGGAUUACAUCAUCAAGGUCCAUUUUGAUGCUCCUUUCAGACCUCAGGACACCCACAGUGAGAUCCGAUUUGACACGUACGGGGACGGAAUCGGCCGGUACAACAUCUUUAACUUCAAGCGCAAAGGCGGCAGAUACGUCUACCAAAAGGUGGGCUACUGGGGCGAAAGGCUGACUCUGAACACCAGCUUGAUCCCCUGGGCCGUCUCGCCCACCCCGACGUCCCAAUGCAGCGACCCUUGCGCCAAGAACGAAGCGAAGAGCAUGCAGCCCGGCGACGUCUGCUGCUGGCUCUGCACCCCCUGCCACCCUCAUGAGUUCCUCCGGGAUGAGUUCACCUGCGCGGACUGCGGACCGGGCCGGUGGCCCACCCACGACCUCGCCGCCUGCUACGACCUGCCCGAGGAGUACAUCAAGUGGGAAGACGCGUGGGCCAUCGGGCCGCUUACCGUCUCUUGCCUGGGCUUCCUCUCCACGCUGGCCGUGUUCGGGAUCUUCAUCAAGAACAACGACACGCCGGUGGUGAAGGCUUCGGGGCGGGAACUGAGUUACAUCCUGCUCGUCGGGGUCCUCAUGUGCUACAGCAUGACCCUGGUCUUCAUUGCCAAGCCGUCCACCGCGGUGUGCACCCUGCGCCGCUUGGGGCUCGGCUCUUCCUUCGCCGUCUGCUACUCGGCCCUGCUGACUAAGACUAACCGCAUCGCCAGGAUCUUCAACGGGGUCAAGGACGGGACGCAGAGGCCCCGGUGCAUCAACCCUACCUCCCAGGUGGCAAUCUGCCUGGCCCUCAUCUCCUGCCAGUUGAUCGUGGUCGCCGUGUGGCUGGUGCUUGAAGUGCCGGGCACCAGGAAAGAGACCACUCCCGAGAAGCGAGACGUCGUGACCCUCAAGUGCAACGCCAAGGAGUCCAGCAUGCUGACCUCCCUGACCUACACCGUCGUCCUCAUUGUCCUUUGCACCGUGUACGCGUUCAAAACCAGGAAGUGCCCCGAGAACUUCAAUGAGGCCAAGUUUAUCGGGUUCACCAUGUACACCACCUGUAUCAUCUGGCUGGCCUUCCUGCCCAUCUUUUAUGUCACCUCCAGCGAUUAUCGGGUUCAGACAACUACCAUGUGCAUCUCUGUCAGUCUGAGUGGCUCCGUCGUGUUAGGCUGCCUGUUUGCCCCCAAGAUCCACAUCAUUCUCUUCCAGCCCCAGAAAAACGUGGUGACUCACCGCGUGGCCACCAGCCGCUUCAGCGUGAGUGGCUCGGGGACAGUCCACUCUCACGUUUCCGCUGUGCACUACGUACCGACUGUGUGUAACGGGCGAGAGAUCGUGGACUCCACAACAUCAUCGUUAUGAGGAUUGGAAUCAGCCCUCGUUCUCCACUGCUCCACUUUCCUCAACCCCUCCUGCCUCACUCCUUACCCCUUCUCCAUUCCACCUCUCCAGUCACCCCCACCCCACCCCACCCCCCAACUCUUCCAGACCAGGGUACAAAAUAUAUGUGUGACAUGUAUAAAAGGUUUUUAAUAAGUAGAUCAUGUGUGAGUUAGUAAGUGUUGAUGUAAUUAAUGUAAAUAAAGUGUUUUUUUUAUAAAUAGUCACUGGCAAUGACUUCUAGUUUUGUGGAAAUCAGUGAAGUCAUUAAGAUAAAGUGGUGUCGAGAAGAUACCAGUGAACGAAACUGGCAGCUAAUGGGUUCACAGUGACUCGAUGAUAUCAAGUGUCAUUAUAUGUACGUUGCUCUAACUAGCUCCUGCUCCGUCCCAUAAUUGGCUGCCCAUGUGCUCAGCCCUGCAGUUACUCAACUUCCCAGGUUAUCUACCUCUUCUUGAGGCUUCCAGGGCUACUGCUGGUAGCAAACAAGGAGCCGGGAAAUCUGCUCAGGGUGAUCCCAUUCCAUUAUCACCAGGAGGGACUGUAGGAUCUUGCACACGUUGCAGUGA